AGUCCGUUAGGUAUCAUGUUGAAGUUCCUAUCGAGAGUGAGGAUCGAGUUCAAUGCCUUGGACCCUCGAACGGCGUCGUGUCUGGAGUUCCUGGCGCAGUGCAAUGCCCGCAAGGCCAAGGAGUCCAACCCCUCCUGCGCCGUCCAAGUCAAGCGCCGCACCGACGAACUGCCCCCCAAGAUCACCGUCACCUUCGUCAACGGCGUUGAGCAGGUCUACGACGCCACCGCCACUCCCGCCCAGGACAUCCGCAACAUGAUUCUCGAAAAGGGUCAGAGCCUCGAGACCGAGCAGAUGUUCCGCGACGCCGGCGAGUCCUGGCCCGUUAUUAUCCCCGGCAGCGAGCUCCACCAACCGGCCCCCGGCACCAAGCCGAAGAAAGCUGAAGAGAAGAAGCAGUAACAAGUGUUUGAUCAAGUGUAUUACUGGGGAACGACGCUUAAAAUAGUCACGUCUGCUAGAUUUCCUUUCAAUGUGUCAUUUGCAACACAGAGAAAUGUUUUGGAGUUUUAAUUUAGACAAUUCUGUCUGUGUUUCUGCUGCAAUGCAGAGGGAUUUGAUAUAUUGAGUUAACGUUGAAUCCUUGCUUGGAGCAUGAAAUUGAGGAUGCUAAGGACCA